UUAAUUUGGUCUCUUACGAUAGUGACGUUACGACUUACGAUUAAUUGCUCCCUUUUGUGAAGUCUUGACUUAAUACCAUGAAAAACAUGGGACGUGUAUAAUUGGAAUUUGAUGUGGCUAUUAGUCACUUUCUCCAACAUUCUAUGAAAUUAGGGUUUCCAUUCAUCCCCAACUAAAAUUGUUUUCCCCAAAUUCCUUAAAAUUAUGGUUCUAAAUUUCUAGGUUUUGAAGUAUCAAUGUCAACUGUGAACAUGUCUUACAGCAGCGACGGAACCAAAUCGUGCCGUUACCCACGGCCACAAUCAUCUCCAAUUUAAGAUGCUGCUAUUGUUUAACACAGUCAUUCAUAAUUAUUAUGAAAUUUUUUUAAUAUAUGUUUUUUCAGAAGUGCUUCUUGUUAAAUUGAUCAAUUGAUCCGAACCGGCUCUAAUACUAGUUUAUAGACAUAAAUAGUCAUUAGUUUAUUAUUUGAUUUAUGGAUGAAUCUCUAUUCUCUAGUUUUAGGAAGAGUUGACUCAAGAGUCAAGAGUGGAAACUUUGGUAUCGCCCAGGCUUUAUUCACUUAACCCCUAGAUUAGAAAGCAUCCUCUUAUUGUGUGCAAGUUAUGGUAAUAAUUUGCAUUGCAUGUAAUUUUGAAACAUAAAGCCUUAUAUUUUCAAAGAGCAUGUUUCACUAUAAAGUAGGCCACUUUCUUUUUGAAUUUUGUGGACUAUAAUGCAUUUUUAUGAGAAUUUUAAAAAGAUUUUAAUUUUAAUACACUGUCAACAAAUCACAACCAAUCAUAUGUAUAACUUUAGAGGUGAUUAUGAGUAAAGUCAAACAUUUUUAAUGUUCUAACGAUUAUAAUUGAUUUACGGUGUCAAAAUCUUUACAUUGAAAAUGAUAUGAAUUAAAUCCUUAAAAGGAUACCUGGGCUACUAUCAUGAUUUAGCAAUACUACUUAGUAUCUUUCUACAAUAAUGUAAAGAUUUGAUAUUAUCCUUCUACAGUUCUAUGCAGUUGAUAUAACAUUUCACUAGCAAUAUCAUUAUGUAAUUGCUAGACCAAAGUUUUUGGGAUGUCAUGGAUCUGUGUUUAUUUAGCAGGAAACAGCAUUCCUUCAAUGGCACAAGAUACCUUUGAAGCUGAUUCACAUCAAAGAAAUCUUGGUCUCCUAAAAGAUAAAGUUCGCUUGGUUAAAAGGAAAGACUGUGAACGCUAUGAGGUUGCUCCAAUCCAAGACCAACUAUCAUUUGAGAAUGGUUUUUUUAUAGUAUUUCAUGCAUGCCAACUGUUGGCCCAGAAAAAUGAUGGAAUGAUAUUGGUUGGGGUUGGAGGUCCUUCAGGGGCUGGAAAGACAGUGUUUGCUGAAAAGAUAGUCAACUCUAUGCCUGAUAUUGCAGUCAUUUCAUUGGACAAUUACAAUGAUACUAGUCGAAUUGUUGAUGGAAACUUUGAUGAUCCACGCUUAAUAGACUACGAAACGUUGCUCCGAAAUGUACACGAUUUAAAGGCAGGAUUGGCAGUGCAAGUUCCUGUAUAUGAUUUCAAAUCCAGUUCACGUACAGGAUACAGGACGGUUGAAGUCCCGAGUUCUCGCAUUGUGAUCAUAGAGGGCAUUUAUGCUUUGAGUGAGAGAUUGCGACCUCUACUCAACCUUCGAGUAUCUGUAACAGGCGGUAUUCAUCUCGAUCUUAUUAAACGAGUUAUACGUGAUAUACAACGUGCUGGUCAAGAACCUGAAGAAAUUAUUCAUCAAAUUUCUGAGACAGUAUAUCCAAUGUACAAAGCUUAUAUUGAGCCAGAUCUCCUAACAGCACACAUAAAAAUAUGCAACAAGUUUAAUCCAUUUUUUGGAUUCCAAAGCCCUACUUACAUAUUAAAGUCAUUCAGGAAUGUAACAGUUGAUCAAAUUAAAGCCGUUCUCUCCCAAGAUUUAGAGGAAACAACUGAGCAGACUUAUGACAUAUAUCUUCUACCACCUGGUGAAGAUCCAGAGAGCUGUCAAUCAUAUUUACGGAUGAGAAAUAAGGAUGGGAAAUACAAUCUCAUGUUUGAGGAAUGGGUGACUGAUGAUCCAUUUGUAAUAUCACCAAGAAUUACUUUUGCGGUCAGUGUGCGUCUUCUUGGUGGAUUAAUGGCCCUUGGAUACACAAUAGCAACUAUCCUUAAAAGAAGCAGCCAUGUCUUAUCUGAUGAUAGGGUUUGUGUUAAACUAGAUUGGCUUGAGCAACUAGAUCGACAUUAUGUUCAGGUACAAGGAAGAGAUCGAUUAGUUGUAAAGCACAUGGCACAACAAAUGGGUUUGGAAGGGUCGUACGUUCCUCGUACCUACAUUGAGCAAAUUCAACAUGAAAAGCUUGUAAUGGCCAUGCCAGAUGAUUUAAGGACAAAGCUCAAUCUUAAUGUUGAUUUGGUGUCAAGCCCCAAAGAAGUGUUUUUUAGAACUUCUAGUGAUGGGGUUCCCAUGAGACAUAAGCGUAUAAGAAGUGAUAUAUCACAUUCAUGUACAAAACAAAAAGAUGAAAAUCAAGCCGAAGUAACUGGAUUCGUUUCAAACAAUCAAGGACUCCAUGAAGAAAAUAAUUCAGAUUCUGAAACCAAACUGGAAAAUUCGGGUGCCAUCACUCAACUUUCCGAACAAAUUUCAUCCUUACAUGAUAGAAUGGACGAGUUUACGAAUCGUAUUGAUGAGCUGAACUCAAAGUUAACCAUCAAGAAAAUUUGUCCAAGCCAACAAAAUAUGGCACUGCAAGCCGAGUCCUAUGAUGGUUCUGUUCCCACAUCUUACUUCAUCUCUAGUUUGAAUAAUGGUUCCCUAACUGGAUCUAUAAUGACAAAUCCUUCAUUCCCAUCACAAUUAGUUAAGGAAACACCUUUAAGAGAUGAGAUAUCAGGUAUUGUACGGGGUCAACGUCAGAUCAUGCAUCAAUUGGACAAUUUGAAUAAUCUUUUCUGUGUCACUUUGGAAGAGAAACCUUAUCAAUCAAGGACCGACUCGAAGAGUAUAGCUUCUUCUUCUUCAGAUUCCAGUGGAAGUCAUAUGAUGGUGGCAGUGGCUAUUGGUUGUUUGGGGAUCUUCUUAAUGAAGAGUUUGUUUACACGAGAUUAAUUCUUGUAGAUAAUUGCAUUGCACGAGUAAAUUAUGAGUGCUAGUAAUAUUUUUAGUUUUUGAAAAAAAUUAAAUUUGAAAUUGUAAUUACUUCAAUAAUUAUAUAACCUAACAAAUUAUAAAUAGCAUCAACAGUUAUCUUCAUCUAAUCU